AUGAGCUCUAAUCACAUCCAGAGAAGCUUCUCUGCCCGGGAGGCCUCACAGGCAGAGAGCUCUGAGCCUGGAGAGCCUCUUUCUGACCCAAUUAUCUUGAACAGCCAAUCGGGGCGUCUGCUGUCGGGGGGCCGACACCCUCAGAGUGCGAACAGGAAGAGGCCGCUGGGGUUAGAGCGGCUGCUUCAAAGCCUGUUUGUGAUGGCCCCCGUCCUGAUGGCCCCCACGCCCGCCAGCAUGUGCACGCCUCUGAAGACGCUGAACGACAGCCUCAGCCACCGGCGGCGCUACAUGAAACAUAACUUCCCCAUCAACUACUCCAUCAGAGUUUACCAUGAGGAGAUCUUCAAACUGUCAAAUAUCAGCAAAAUGAGGCUAAAGGUGGAGGGGCUGGAUGACCUGGUUCUCCAGAGGCUGUGGCUCCAGGUUAACCAGGGCGUCUUAAAAAAGAUCCUCCGGGUUUUGCCAGAGAGGCAUCCCUCCCGUUCCUACACAGCCGAGCUGGAGAGACGCUUCCAAGAUGUGGAGGGCGUCUUUGUGCUGUCGCAUCCUGCAGAGGUGUUCCAGCAGGAGCUUCCAGAGACGCUGCAGGACAUCUGGGACCAGCUGACGGAGGAGCCGGAGCUGGUGCCGGAGUCCAGCUGGCGACUGGCCUCUCCGAAGUCUCUGGUGGACAACCUGUGCCACACCAUGCUCUGCCUCUUCAGCGAGUGCUUCGCCAGCACGGAAGCUCCGCCGGACCACUGUGCCGUUUCCCAUUCAAAGAGAGGGAGGAAGACUUCCAACCAGACGGCCGAGGCCGAGCCAGCAGAGUGAAGGGUCCCUGUGGACACCGAUCGGCGAUUAAAAUGAUUAUCUCCCCUGAGCUGCAGGAAAAAGGGGUUAAAGAACAGUUCACAGUGAAAGAACAUCAACAAGUCUUUCCCAGAUGUACCAAACGGAGCCAAGAUGGUCGUAUUGACUCAAAGGCUGGCCAGGCUCCAUGAGCGAAAACCGACAACUUGUAGGCAGAGAAACAGCAUCCAGGAUUCCUCUCUGAGCAAAUGGACUCCUAUCUGAGAGGAACUGCAGAUGGAGGACGAGUGGACUUCAUGUUCUCAGAUGUCCGAUCCAUGCAUCUUUUUCCAAGUCAGAUUCCUUAAAAAGGCGUCACCGGUCUCCUCCAAAGAAAAGCAACCAACAAAAAAAAACAUACAAAAAAACAGCUUUUAAUGCUCUUUAAUGCUCAGAUUUCGUGCAGUUGGACACAGUUUAAAGAAGCUUCGCAGGUCUGCAGCAGACGCAAAUCACAAUCAGAAUUUCUCCAUUAAAUGUUUUUCCUGUACAGGCCAUCACUUAUCUGGCUCUAAGAGGUGUCCAGCUCCCAGAUCCUUCACUGGGUUUCGUACCGAGUGCCGCCUGAAAAGGGGAAACAUUUUGUUGUGAAUGCUGGAAUGGAAACCUGACCAGUGGGAGCAGCAUGCCAGUCUGAGUCUUUGGAGCUGUUUUAGCCCAACAGACUCUAGUUAUAUUAUAUUACAUUAUAUUAUAUAAAGGCACCGCCAAGUGACAGAAGCCUCCUGCUCCCGUUCAGACACCUGUGUUACAGAAAUUACUCCAGUAGCCCAUCAGAGACACAAAUCCGGAGUCUCAGGCCUCGAGGCAGACAUGAUGGAACACCAGAGACCAAAGACAUGGCGUCUAAAGCACUCCAGGCCUCUCUGUUCCUCCCUGGUCUUCUCUGGGUCUCUCUAGUCCUCUCUGGGUCUUUUUGGGCCCCUCUGAUCUGCUGUCCUGCAGGUUUUAGACACGUCCCCAUUUCAACAAACCUGAUUCGCAUCCAAGUGCCUUUUAAAAAAGCUCAAAAAUGUCCAGAGUAGAUCAGGUUUGAUCAGAAUCAGGGGUGCAGAGACAGGAAAAUGUCUACAACCUGCAGGCAGCGGACCAGAGAGGCCCACAGAGACCAGGACUCUGACCCCCCUGGUCUAAAGGACGGUGAUAAAUGUUACCCCCAGAGGCUACAGGCUGCAUGGCGUGCAGCCACAGGGCGUUUUAUGGACCAAUCAGGGCAUGGGGCAGUCCACAGGUGCACGUUCAGGUUUUGACAGCCUCCACCAGCAGAAGGCGGCUAUCGAACAGAGGUGGACAGAUGUUUGUCAGUUAAGCCUGUUCACAUCUGCUCGGUGAUCCUUUCCUGCUCAGAUGUUCAUGGAAAUCGUCUUUUCUUUGAGAGUGUUCGCGUCCAUUUGCUCCUUUUCUCAUCCUCUUAAAGGGCCCGGCCAUUCCACUCCUCAUGUUGGUUUUCCCUUUGUCCUUCUUUAGUUUGCUUACCUUUGGUGUCUUCUGUUGUAAGCCAUUUGUCUUUUCUUUGUCUUUUGUCUCUUAUUCUUCUUCCCUUUUCAUGAGUUACUGAACACGCCGAGCCGGCCUUGUUGCUUUGAGACUAUGGAACAUUUAAUCAGGGUUAAAAGACAAAAGAAAAGAGGAUUUGCCGUAAACUCUGCUUUCAGAAUUGGGCUUACUGGUGGAAACAUGGGCGUGAGGAGCUGUAACGGGGUCUCAAACAGCUGACAUGUGUUUGGGGAUCCUGAAGCCUGGUGCUGUUGGCUUUAGAUGAUAUCGCGUUACAUCCCCCCUGAAAAAGAGGAAUCUUCUCUAGCUUUCCUAAAAUCCUGUUCUUUUAACGCGGUGCACAUGUUCGACCCCAAACAGCUUUCUUUCAUUUGCCCCCCCUGACUUCGGGACCUGUGUGUGAUCUCACCCACUUAAAGCUGUCGUUUUUAUGUUGUUGUUGUGUGUUUCACGUCCAGAGCCAAAGCAGGGAUGUACAUCGGGGCUCAGUCGGUACGACCCAGAACACCUGCCAGCACCCGCCGUCGAGUAAAGGCUGAUUUAGUAGCCUGAGAGGUUCUGACUGGGCGCAUAAUCAUUUCCAUUCCAGCAAUUAAUCUUUCCUGGCAUUUAUUAAGUUCUAGCUUAUUUAAAGCACAACAAAAAACCAGCCACAUGUGUGAUUGCUUUGGAUGGCAUUCAUUCAUCUUCCUCACAUGUUGCUUUGCUAAAACACUGAAUGUCGUGAGGCUUAAAUGGAUGCAGACGGCAUUAAUCAAAGGGCAUAAAACUAGAUUAGGUUUAUCAGCACAGUGUCGAGCCGCUAGUGCCUUCAGAACAGCCUCGGUGAACCUCAGUUAGCAUUAAGACUUCUGUGGCUCCACAAGGAGCAUUAAUAAUCCUUCAGUGUCCACUGAUUGUCUGUUUAGCCUGCGGUUUUACCCUAAAAGCCUCUCCUGGUUCAUCAUUGGUCCUAAAUGUGGCCGUUAAUAGUUGCUUGUGAUACUCAUGUGGUACUUAAAUGGAUUUCAUUUGAAUAGUCUACUUUAUUAUUCAGAUUUUCAUCGAAGACCCUUUAGAUGAGCAGAUAAUGUCAGAGGAUGAGGAAAAUGAUGCUACACAUCUGUGAGCGGGAGAGGCUGCAAUGCUAAUGGUUGUUAUUCAGUAGAACAAGUAGAGGGAUGAACAACAACCGCUGUGGUGGACAUCCACAGGAGGAGCUAUUUUUAGAAAUUAGAUAUCAGUCAUUUAUGUGGGAUUAAUGCUAACAAUCUUCUUUGCAAGAUCACAAAUUAUCCCUGAAGCCAAAAAUACAUUUUUUUGUGCAAUAGCAGUUUUUUUAUUCACUAUUUCCAUUCUGUUUGUAUCACUCUCAUCUUCAUAAAUAGUGAUGAAAAAAUUGAAAGCUUUUUCUUAUGAUAUGAUCCUUUUUUUAACCUCUCCGUCCUGGUACAAACACAGAAAAGCAGCUCAAAUUCAUAGUCAGACUUUCUUAAAUCCCUGUUUGGAAGCACGUGAAACUCCUUUGAAUGGUUUAUCUCUACAUACUUAUCAACUGCUUUUAGCUGGAAACAGGGACCUCUCCCUGAGGCCACCUGACUGAACACGCUUCGCUCUAACAUCUCAGAUUAACUGCCAAUCUUAUGGGUUCAAAUACUUACGCCACUCCAAAAACAUGUAAAAUAUGGCUUGUUUCGCUGUAAAUAAACUGCCAAGCAAUUAGCCCAAUCGGAUUCUUCUUGGCUGUGCUGUAGGGUUAGUUUGAAAUCCCUGUUUAGGCCACUUUUGUGCUGAAAUUGAACAAAUUGUAAGUAGUUCAUAAAGUCAGAAAAUACAGGGCCUUUCUAAAUCAAAUGCAGUGUGCGUUUCAGCUGUAAUUAGGCUCCAGAAGUCUUUCAUAUGACUAAGCUUUGUCUUUUACUCCUAAAGGCCACACUGAUACACACAAUGUCAGAUAGCCAGCAGCUGAUGGUUUUUUUGCUCAUCGCUUCAUCAACUCAGAGUUUUUAAGCAUGUUUUUUGUGCAUUUUAGUCACAGCAAUGUGAGUUUAAACUUGAUACACAUCAUCGAUAACGUUGUGGUGUUUAGCCUUUGUUACUGUAAGAAUAACCCUGAAAACGCCUGUUAUAAAAACUGAACAUUUGGUCGUGUUUGCAGGAGCUUUAGAGACAUCGUUUCCAUAAACUGAUUCAGAUUUGUGCUUUAUGGUCAAAUGCAAAAAAAGUUUUAAAUGGAAAUGUAAUUUUUAAAAAUUAUGCAUGACAUUCAGAAGUAUUUAUUUGAGCAUUUUAAAAAACAGUUAAGAGUUUUAAACAGAACUGAAUGAAAUAUCUAUAUGUGAGUGUUUGUCUUGACUUGCAGCAGUCCAGACAUCCCAUAAUGUGGACAGGAAGCCUCCUAAAUCUAUUAUCUAACCCACUGGGUGAUGAUCUGUUGGAUUUUAUGCAUGCAGCAAAUAGAAAACCUGGUUUCCGAACACAAAAGGAGGUCCAAGUGUGCUAUAUUUGUGUAAAUACCUAAAGUGUAUUGUUGCCUCAUCACAUGUAAGCGCGCGGCUGUUGCUUUGUAACCACUAGAGCAGCUUCAGUGCUGUCAGCGUCCGUCUGUCAUAACAAUGAGAAAUAUCCCCCACAGCAGAACGACAACAGACAGAAACUGAAAAGACACAAAGUUUGGUUGAGCGCGUUCUGCUCGAAGAUUUUACAAACAGAUUUUUGUUUUUAUACACAAGAUAUUGAAUAUUUAUUUUUUGGAAAUGUAUAAUGCUAUGUGACAGUACUUUUAUGAAAGAAAUACAAGAAUAAA